AUGGCGGACGGUGUGGAGACAUUACGCGCCAUGGAGUCACGAGCUAUACGCGAGUGUCAGCUAGAGACGUAUACAAGUAAUGUAGGAUCAAUGGCACUUCUUAGUGCGACUUUGCUGUGGCUAACGCUGCCACCUCUGUGGAGUGUCGUCAAUGGCGAGUGGAGUGCUGCCAUAAAGCCCAGUCUAUUGGCCCUUGCAGGCUAUGGACUAUUGGUAUUAUCGAUAUUACUAGUGCUUCGAGUAGCGGAAGUGCAGGGAAAGGAGCUGUUACUUCAAUUUAAGUCCAAGUAUUUGAAUAGAGUUAGCAGAUCAGAUCCUUACAAUCCGCCGUUGGAUCGAGCUGCGCAAUUGGAGGAAGUGAUGAAACUUGAUUCAUUGCGUGGCCGGCUGCCAUUACCGAAAAAGGCUUUGGUAGUUAAUGGGCAGAAGGAGCAAGAGCGCUCAUUUUUCGAUCCAGCUCCUGUAAAAACCGUCGAAGACGGCAAGGCGUAUCUUCGUCGUGUGCAAAAGGCACAAAAACAAAAAGAAGCGGAAGAAUCGAUGCAUGCUGCUUCCGCGUACGGAAUGGAAAACUCGUACCAGAGCGACGCUUUUGGCAUUUACGGCAGUGUCUCCAUGGCACCUCGUGUGUAUCAGGCUUCAGGCUUUGAUCCAUAUCUUCGUGAUCUUAGUAUUGGAGAUGAGGCAGAGGACCCGCUGCGCACGUCGUCGCUUCCGCAUAUUGCGUGGCAGCAGCUGGAAGAGUGGGGGCUUGCCAUGUUCAUGCACCUGUACUGCCGUAAUAUUUGCCGCUUGCUUGCUUAUCACGUAAAGGAUGUCGUCGAGGCAUUUUUGGAGAAUGCUAACGCUCUUAACGAGUGUGGCGUUAUGGCAGACGUUCUUUUGCGUCGAGUGCCGUCUCAAGCGCUAUUGUGUCCACCAGGCCAGACAAACCAAUUGACUAAUGUGUCGCUGUCUGAUAUGCUGCACAACCUUGCGAAGAGUCCUUUGUUUUUCAGCAAAGAACGAGGUGUUUUCUUGUUCGAAGAGCACCAAAGUUUUGAAAAAUAUUUGAGCGUUGGCGAUCCUAGCAGUGCGGACUAUUCAUCUUUAGAACGUCAACAGUAUGUUUUGGAGCGGCUCGUUAUGCUAUCAAAAGACCGCAGCCUCGAUCGGUUCCGAUGGAACAAGGGUGCUGCAUGGAAAGGAAAAGAGUGGACAGAGAACUUGCCAACAGACGCUGAGAUUUUGAUGAACACGUUUUGCUGUAUGAUGGACAAUAUGCUGCCUGCGGAUAACGAGCGUGACCGGCCAUUUUGGAAGUCAUAUUACUUUAGCAAGGGCCCUCACCGUCCAUUCACACCGCGAGUACGCAGUCGUCUCUUUCUCGUCCAGACUGUAAAGCGGCAACCUCAUUUUAAGGUGCUAGUGAAGGGUGCGGUGCGCGAGAUUGUGCCGGGUGAGGAAAAUUGCUUCCAUGCCAUUGUCGUGUAUUUGUACGCUAUCAAAAAGAUGAAGGCGGGUUACCUGGAGAGCAUUAACUUGCAUCGUAUUAUCGAGCAAACUUUCGACGUUUCCAAGUAA